AUGACCAACGAAGCAACCGCUGUGAUCAUAGCCGACGAGGCUAUUUCGCCCCGAGAUAAAUCGAUCAUGGACCAGACGAUCGGAAAGACCCUUGGGGCCCUCAACAGAACCAUCGACUCGAUGGAAAUACGCGCCGAUCCGGACGCCCAAGCCACCGUAACCGACUUCCUCGACUUUACCGAGCACCUCCCCUCCGACGUAAUCCGCUCCCUGGCCCUCAUCGGCAAGCUCGACGAGGUCUACGUUGACGCUUCUGCCAAAGCGAAUGAGCUCACGACGACAUGGGGCCAGUUACCCACUCUCCCACCCGAUGCACGACCCUCCCCUGUCGAGCUCCGAGCCGACAUCUCGAAGACCCUGUCGCGGGCGGUGACCUCGCGCAUGUACAGCCAUGCCGAAGCGUUGCGCAUGGCGGACAACGUCAAUAGACACUACAACCGUGCCAAGACUAUACUGUCCAAGCUACAGGAUAUGCUGGAGAACUUCCCUACCGCCGAGGAACAGCAGAAGAGCCCCGUCAUGUCGGCCAAGUCGCCACAUAUGUCGCGUACCCCCAAGGCGGCGGUUCGCACGACGGAAGACGGCCAACGCGUUCGCCGCCAGAGAGUGCCCCGGAUCAUUGUUCCCGGAGAGGUACUAGCCCCUUACGAGCUGGACUUUAACGCCUACAGCGACGAUAGCGACUCCUCGUCCUCGGGCGAGGAGCCAGAGAGUCCUUCCAAGCGGCCCUCGUCUCGAGGAACGCCUGGUAUCCCUGCACGAAUUAAAUUAAUCAACAAGACCCAGAAGACAGCCCCCGCCACUCCCAAAGUGCCCAAGCUGCCACCUAUCGCGCGUCCCCAAAAGCCCGUUACUGUGAACCUACCAGGAGGAGCAGCACCCGGAGCGGCAACGGCAGCAGGUGCGGCAGCGACGGCGGCGGGGCCUAUUGUCCUACAGCCGCCGCCAGAAAACGCUCCUCCGGGAAGCACAGAAGCACCAUGGUUGCAGCUGACUCCGUACGAACUUGCCCGGCUUAGGAAGCGCAUGAAGAAGAACGCCGUGUGGAACCCCAGCGAUACGAUGAUAGCUCGAGAACUCAAGACUCUUGGUAGAGGUCCCGAGGCGUAUCGGGAGGCGAAGAAGAAGGCGGAGGAGCAGGGGAUUCCGUUCGAGUCUGCUCUUCCCGUCCCUAUUACGGGCGAGUCCGGAUCGAAGGUCCUCCCCGAGGGCGCCAUCAGCGUCGACGCGCUAGAGGAGGAUUUGCCCGUCAGCAAUAAAGGGAUGAAACUUAAUGAGGCGAAGAAGCUGAAGAGGGAAGCUAUGGCGAAGCUGGCCGUGGAAGAGGCUGAAGAGGCCGAGAGGAAAUUUGCUGAGGCUGCGAGGCGACUUAUUGCAGGGGGCGGACCUGGCCUGAACACACCAAACGCUGAAGCUUCGGUGGAAGCUGCUGCUGCUGCUGGUAAUGGCAGAGGUAGUAGAGUCAAGACUCGGACGAGUUAUAAGAGGAAGCGAGACAACGGUGCCGAUGCUGAGGCGGAGAAGCCAGAUGAAGCCGCCGGCUCGGAAACACCAGCUCCCGCCAAGAGACUGAAGACAGAAACACCCGUUCCCCCUCCCCAACUCACCCCUCACAUGGGUGCUCAGGCUAGAAGCCUCACACCGAUACCCCCUCCGGUCAUCCUCACUCAGUCCACCACUCCGGUUCCAAUUCCUAUUCCGCGCCAAUCAUCCGACGCCUCCGCUACCAAAAUGUCAACUUCCCCCCCCGCGUUCGCGGCAGUUCCUGCGGUCGGUCACGGUACGGCUACCGUUGUUACUACGGUGCCGACGAAGCCGCCCGCGGAAACACCUGUUCAUCCUCCGGCAUUGGAGCGUCGUAAAUCAGCCACGCCUAUCCUUCCGCCCGUUCGAGAACUUCCUCGGAGAGAGACACGCCAGGACACUGCAAAGAAGCAGAGCCAGCAGCAAGUGCAACUGGCCCAGCAGCAGCAACAACAACAACAACAACCACCCUCACAACAACAGGAACAUCAACUGCAAGAGGAGCAUCCACAGCCGAAGCGGCAGUCAUCGAGACAGCCGAGCGUCCCCGCGCGGGCUAGCGUCUCACGUGGACCCACGCCCGCCCCCGACGGCCGCCGACCAACCUCGCGAGGAAAAGGGGCGAGUCAAGAGCCGCCUCCGUCGCUAGCGGCCGAUCGGCCUCGGAGGUCCAGCACGGCGCGGACCACACCGGCGCCGGACCAUCAACAUCAUCAACAGCAGCAGCGACAGUUAGGUAAGAGGGCCCGGAGGCCUGCCCCGGGCGUCGUCACGACUACGAACUCAGGCGGUAACAGCGCCGUGGGUAAGAGGAAGGCGGCGCCGCGGAAGAAGGCCCGGGCGACGACGGCGGUGAAGAAGGAGAAGGGGCAGCAGCAGGUGGAGACGGAGAUGGAGGAGGUGGAUGAUGAGGGGAAUCCUAUUGAUCCGGAUGAGCCGAGGUAUUGUCGGUGUAAUGGGGUGAGCUUUGGGACGAUGAUUCAGUGCGAUAACACGGAUAAUUGUAAGGGCGAAUGGUUCCAUCUUGAGUGCGUCGAUCUUGCGGAGAUACCGGCGAGGACUACGAAGUGGUAUUGUCCGGAUUGUCGCGUGCGGCUUAAUAUUGGCGAGAAGGGAGAAGUGAGUGCGAGGGGAGUGAAGAAGUGA